AUGCCCAAUACUCAGAAUCACGGCUCGUCUAAUACCUCCACGUCGACGGCACUGGCACUGGCAGGACCCUCGUCUGGCCCGAAUGGCGUGGCGCCUUCCCUCUCUAGCGGCGGUGAUGAUGAUGCUUCGGUAGAAGCAACAACACGUUCCCCGGAGGCGCGUACUACGGCGCGUCCCACUGUCGCUUUCGACGCGGAGUACUCGCCUGAGAUUGUGGAGUAUUUUGCACGGAGGUAUCAGGAUGUGAAAGCAGAGUUGGACGGUCUCAAGCACCAAUUAUCAACACAGCCGGAUCGCGAUGCUCUGCAUCUUGAACUGCAGAGUCUCAAGACUUCUCUCGCCCACUUGGAGGUCGAGACUAUGAAGCAACGGUCAACUGAACAAGCACUUCGCGAUAUAAUAAGUAAGGAGCAACAGGAACUGGAGAAGCUCAGAGCGAAAGCCGAGAUCUUGGAGAAGGCUAAGGAGGAUGGUGCGGCGAAAUUGAUUCAGAUGGAACGUACGAAUGCGGGCAUGAAGACGCAGAUACAGAAUUUCUAUAGUCAGGCCCGUGCUCUGGCGGAUGAAGCUGCCGCGAGCAGGAGGAAAUUCUUGACUGGGAUGUUCCCAGAUCCUAUCUCGUAUUUCGACCCUAACACCAUGGAUUAUUCUCCACUUACCUUCGAUAUCUCGCUUAUGAACGCUGCCGUGAAAAAGCUGCCGUUGCACGAUCCGGACGGCAAAAUUAGACCAAAGCUCUUUGUCCUACCCCGUCCACCAGCAUGUCUACCUCUCCACGUCGCUGCAUGUGGACAGCACGGCUAUUGUUUCCAACCUGACUUCAAACUCACAGCCGAUCAGACAUUCGAGCUCAUGGUCGAAGGGGAGGCUGGGAAGUGGUACUACCUCGGCCGCUUUAUCACGGACGUGAUGCAAGGUCAGGAUAUGCGACUUUCUGAGUGGUUGAUGCUCGACGAGUCGACAAAAUUGAUGCACUGUAUGCGAUACGCCUCCGUUGACCUUCCACUAUACCAAUUGGCCUCUCAUCCCGCCCUGAUCGAGAUCAAGCGCCGCUUCGAAUGUGGCGAACUCCUCGUCCCCUGCUAUUCUCUCUUCUGCAUUGGAUACUCCGCGUGGCUUUACGAUGCUAUGAAGGAGAUCAUCGCGCAAAUGUCAGGCUCGACGAGAUCAGACGAUAGUACAUCAGGAAGUCGAGCAACUGCACAGAUCAGUCAUGAAGCGGUGGCGGUGGCGAAAAUUAUAGGUUCUCAGCCGGAAACGGGACCGGGUAGCACCUCGACGUCAUCUAUUUCUGGAACAGAUGCGCAUACGACGGAUUUUUCGGGCGUGGACGUGUCUGGCAGGGCAGCGAGAAGCAACAGUGAUACAGGUCCUGUCCUCGUCCCGUGCAAACGCGUGAACGCAGACGCCACCGCCACCGGAUCGAAUGGGACGAAUGGAGCAGCGCAAGGCCUAGGGCAGCAAGGCCCUGCCGGGAAACGAAGUAGAAAUGUAUCGGGUGGCCCAGAUGUUGCACGUCUUAGCGGUGGCGUCGGGACUGCAGCUGUGAAUCCGGUGGACCUUACAAAAGAAUAAACACGGUGAUUGGAUGCUUUUGCGGUGGUAACGGCCAAGACUCAUGUUCAGGCGUUCAGCGACCUUUUUCAAGUUGUCGAGCCUUAUCCAAUCUCAUUUCUAUGCUCAACUGUCCUCGGUAUAUUCUACCAUGUUACUAUACAACAUUACCUUGAUUACUCUAUCUUUCCCGUCACCGUCCAUAUCUGUCUUUUGCAUGCAUUGUCGCCCCGCAGCAUACUACUUACUCGUCGAACCGGAUCAUUGCUAUACACUUGUCUUGUUUAUCUUGGAUUUAUGCAGCUGUAUCGUCGUGCUCUGCAUGUGCUAUAUACGAUAUAACAUAUUU